AUGUAUAAUAUGCUCAGAGGUUUUGAUGCUCAAACAGUAUCAAACUAUAUCAACCCAUAUGCAGUGGAUGUGAUCCGGUCAAAGAGAAGGGAUCUGGUGUACGGGAUCUCACACACUGAGGAUCUUCUGGAUCUACUGGUCACAGAGGGAGUCAUGACGGCAGCCAAGAGAUCCAUUAUUUUGACCAUCGGUACCCGGACAGAUCAGAACUCCAGGGUCCUGGACAUCCUGGAGGCCAGAGGUGAAAGGGCAUGUCGGAGGUUUUUCCAUCCCUGUCUUAUGCUGGCAGAGCCUGACCUUUAUCAGCGAAUCAGGACCUAUGUGGAGCAUGUAAACAAACACAUCAAAGACACGAGGAGACAGCUGAUUGGUUAUUUGCUGGAGAAGGAAAAGGAGGGAAUGGCAAGAAGAGGCACAAAGACUCUGGAGAUUUCUCAAAGUUCAUGUGAUUCUGAGGCAAAUGAAAGGUUUAGCAAUGACAGUGACGACAGCGACCGUGUGCAAACGAAGAAAAUUGAGGAUAAAGCAGCGCAAGGUAAAGCAGAAAACCUGAUGUACAUGAUUGCUACAGACGGGGAGCUGGUACUGCUGGAGGAGAUGUUAGACGACACCAGCGUUAACACUGUCACCUCCUCCGAUGAGACUCUUUUACACAUAGCGGCUAAACAUGGGCAUCUAUCCAUCACUGAGCUUUUGAUCCGUAAAGGAGCCAGAAUUGACCUGGAGGAUAACAGCGGUCACACUGCUCUUCAUGAGGCAGCCAGCAGGGGUCACACCGAGAUAGUCAGGAGCCUCUUAAAUGCCGGGGCCCCCAUCUACUCAGUGGAUCUCCACAAUAAAACUCCUGUCCACCUGGCAGCAGAAAAUGAGCACCAUGAUUCAGUGAAAGUGCUGGUGGAGGAGGAGGAGCAGCAGACUGAGAGACAGUCUCAGGACACGUUUCUGCACAUGGCAGCCGUGGAAGACAACUGGAGACUGGCUGAGCUGCUGCUGCAGAGCGGGGCCACUGUAGAUGCCAGAAACAACCACAAUCAAACAGCCCUGUUUUGUGCAGUUGCCAGGGGCAACGAGAAAACUGUGACCGUCCUUCUUAAUGCAGGAGCUAAAGUUGACUAUGACGUCAUAAAUGAAGCGAUUAAACACACUCAGGAGUCCAUUCUUCACCUGCUGCUUGCUAAUGCCAAAGGAGCUCUGAGUGAAGAAGUGCUGGGCCCGGCUCUCUUCUCAGCUAUAAAACAGAACCAACAUGCAAUGGUCACUGUUCUGACGGACAGUGGUGCAAACGUGAAUGUGUGUGACAAGCGGGGAUACACCCCUCUCCUGUUGUCAGCUGAGCUGGGACACACUGAAGUCUUCAGAGUGCUACUAGCAAAGCAGGCCAAAAUAAACGCUACCUUAUCUGACCUCUCCUCGGCUUUACACCUGGCUGUUCACAGUGGCAGUGUGCCCAUAGUCCAAACACUGCUGGAAAAGGGAUUAGACCCCAACAUAACUGGACCUAAAGCCCAAAAUCCUCUACACCUGGCUGCUCAGUGCAAUAGAUGCGACUUGGUCGGCGUGUUGGUGAAAGCUGGAGCACAGGUAAACGCAGUGGCCCAGGAUGGACUGACCCCGCUGCACUUAGCCAGUCAGCAUAACCAUGCAGACACCGUGAUCCAGCUUCUUCAAAACAAGGCGGAUUCAGGCCUGAAGGACAGGCAGGGGAGGACUGCGCUGCACUGGGCAGCCUCCUCUCAUGGAGGGAGCAGAGUGGUGGACUUGCUGCUGUCGGCCAAAGCCGACCCAACUCCCACUGAUCACGAGAAAAAAAGUGCCCUUCACCUGGCGGCCAUGGCAGGGAAUUUAAAGGCUGUCAAUUCACUGUUGUCCCGCAAGGCAAAGGGAGACGCCAAAGACAUGGACGGCUCCACGGCUCUACAUCACGCAGCAUCUGGUGGUCACGCCAGCGUGGUUUCAGCUCUUCUACGCUCACUGAACAAAAAGGGGAUCGAGGAGAGGAAUGCAUGGAGGAAAACAGCGCUCCAUGCUGCAGCUGAGAAGGGCCAUGACAGCGUGGCUGUGCUUCUGCUGGAGGCCGGGGCAAAGCUCAACACUACAGAUCACAGUAAAGACACUCCUCUGCACUGUGCUGCCCGAGGUGGACACCAGGAGGUAGUAAAGAGGCUUGUAAACUGGGGCCAGGCGGGACAGAGGAAGGGGAAUCUGAAGGCGACAAAUAACGUGGGCAAGACACCACUGCAGGUGGCAGAGAGUGGAGACUCACCAGAACAUGAGACUGUGGCAACUUUACUGAAGAGGAAGAUGUUUCUCAUCAAGUAGGAGAAGAGAAGAUGUGAAAAUGAAAGGAAACCUCAGUGAAAUGAAUCUUAUAUCUACAUUCAACAACUCUUUUCUGUAUUAAAAACAACUCCUCAUCCUAAUGGCUCAUUGUUUGCUUACAGUUAGUUCAUACAUAGCUUGUUUCAUGGUUGUGAUUCAAAUCAAUUGUGUUGUAAUGAAGUCUUGUUAAGCUUCGGUUGGAUAUUUAACAAACCUUAACAUUAAAAGAUACAAAAGGCAAAUUUUUCCCAUGAUUUAAUGACAGUGUAUGUGGUUUAACAUCAAAGUUAUUAGCACUCUUGCCUUUGCAGGAAGAAGACUCGGGUUCACGACCUGGUUGGAACAAGG